UGAGAGAAAUCAAAGCGCAGGCGUGGAGUCAGGAGGGAGGGAGGGUAUCUUGCGCAGACUGGCUACUGUACAUGGCCACUGAUGCUGCUGGGUAGAUGUAGCCCCUGAUGUAAAUAAGAAUGGCGAGAGCGCGUCCAACAUGCCGCGUUAUCUCCGCUUGACAUCGCAACAUUUCGACGCCACCAUCGGGAUAUUUCUUUUUUAUUUUUUCGUCCUCCAGUUUUCAUGCCCACUCUUUGCCUUGACAGCUCGCCUGAUGGUUUUCAUUUGACACGAGAGCCACAGCAGCAGACGGGCGGCUUCUUCUAAUAAACACUCGGGGAAAAACAGGUCAUUAUGACCUUAGUAUCCACCAGUAAAAGAAAACCAUCGGAUUGCUUUUACGCAGCAGCAUUCUGCUUGCAUUUUCUGCUUUGGAUUCCGUGUGCCGUGUCCGGAGAGGAGCAUCAUCACUUCAGCGUUGAGGGAUGGCUACAGAGGUACGGCUACCUUCCCCGCACAGAACCGGGAAUGUCAGUCCUGCGCUCGGCACAAACCAUGCACUCGGCCAUCGCUGCCAUGCAGCGCAUCUAUGGUCUCAAUGUCACAGGGACACUGGAUGAGAAAACCAAGGAUGAUAUCACGCUGAGUUGGAUGCAAAAGCCUCGCUGUGGAGUUCCGGACAAAUUUAAAAGUGCUUCGAGGUCACGUAGCCGGCGAUACGCGCUGACAGGACAGAAGUGGCAGCGGACGCACAUCACCUACAGCAUUAAAAAUGUCACGCCAAAGGUGGGUGCCCGCGAGACCCACGAUGCCAUACGUCGGGCGUUUGAUGUCUGGCAGGGUGUGACUCCGUUACGCUUCGAGGCCGUUCCGUACAGCGCCCUGGAGACUGGCAGGCGCGACGUGGACAUCACCAUCAUCUUCGCUUCUGGUUUCCACGGUGACAGCUCACCCUUCGACGGGGAGGGAGGCUUCCUGGCGCAUGCCUACUUCCCCGGCCCGGGCAUCGGAGGGGACACACACUUUGACUCAGACGAGCCGUGGACCCUGGGGAACCCCAACCAUGAUGGUAACGACCUGUUCUUGGUUGCGGUUCACGAGCUGGGCCAUGCCCUCGGACUUGAGCACUCUAACGACCCCACUGCUAUCAUGGCUCCUUUCUACCAGUACAUGGACACAGAGAACUUCAAACUACCUCAUGAUGACCUGCAGGGCAUCCAGAACAUCUAUGGUCCACCAGACAGAGCUCCGCAGCCAACCAGGCCCCCACCCACAGUCCCUCCACCUCGCUUCCACCCUCCCUCAGACCCGCGGAAGCACGAUCGCCAUGCCAGACCUCACCGUCCACCGCAGGGGGCCAAGCCCUCCAACCCCAACUCCAAACCCAACAUCUGUGACGGGGGCUUCAACACGCUGGCCAUCCUGAGACAGGAGCUUUUUGUGUUCAAGGACCAAUGGUUCUGGAGGGUACGUGAUAACUCAGUAGUCCCUGGCUACCCCAUGCAGAUCAACUACUUCUGGAAAGGCUUGCCUCCCAAAAUCGAUGCAGUCUAUGAAAACAGUGAAGGGAAAUUCGUCUUUUUUAAAGGAAACCGUUUCUGGGUCUUCAAGGACACAACUCUCCAGCCUUCAUACCCUCAGGACAUCUCGCUGUUUGGGAGCGGCAUGCCCACUCAGAGCAUCGAGACAGCUCUCUGGUGGGAGGAUGUCGCGAAAACCUACUUCUUUAAAGGAGACAGAUACUGGAGGUACAAUGAGGACAUGAGGACCAUGGACCCCGGUUAUCCCAAACCCAUCACCAUCUGGAAGGGCAUCCCAGAGUCUCCGCAGGGUGCUUUCGUGGAUAAGGCUAAUGGUUUUACCUACUUUUACAAAGGAAAGGAGUACUGGAAGUUCAACAACCAGCUGCUGAGAGUGGAGCCUGGCUACCCGAGGUCCAUCCUGAGGGACUUCAUGGGUUGCGAUGGCCUCCCUGCUGACCCUGACUGGGACUGGAACCCCCCGGUGGCAGAGGAGCGCCACUAUGACAAUGGUGAUGUGGACGUUGUCAUCAAACUGGACAGCACGGGGGGCACCGAGAAAGCAGUGGCCAUAGCUAUCCCCUGUGUCCUGGCGCUGUGCAUGAUGGUCCUCCUCUACACUGUUUUCCAGUUCAGGAGGAAGAGCACAAAGCGGCACAUACUGUACUGCAAGCGCUCCAUGCAGGAGUGGGUCUGAGGGAUUGUUAUAUAGAGAUGGGAUGUGAAGCUCUGAUAAAGGUCUAGUUAUUGCUUGAAGCCCUAAGUACUGUUCUUGGAAGCACUGGUAAGGGUGCAGUACGUGAGGAUUGCCAUGUUGGCAAAUUUGAAAAUGGCUUGUGCUAAUAAUGUGCAAGGUGCAAGGAAGCGUACCAAUCAGCAGAACUCAUCUGAAGACAGUGAGGGAGCCACAUCUCCCGUGUCCAGCCAAUAUGUAUGUAUCUGCUUUUUGUUUUGUUUGUUUUGUUUUUUUCUCUCCUGUACAUUGAAAUGAACUCCAUUAAGUGAGACGGAGCAAAGCUCCUGUAAGUGGGACCUUUGUUCAUCCUCGUCUCUGCACGUCGCUUAAAAAAAGCCCCUCG